GGGUUAGGUUCACACAUGAAGUUGUAUUAUUAAAAACCCAGGGGCGGGAUCUGCGUUCAUCACCUGCCACUUCCACCUGCGGGCGUCAAUCAAGCGAGUCUGCGAGUCCUCUCUUUCCUGACACGACACUUCUAUCCGAUUGGUCCAGCCUCGCUUCGGGGGCGGGUGCUCCGGAGGGUUUGCCGAAAUCCUAUUGGACGAAGCGGCGCCGUGGUCGACGUGACGCAGCUCGGAAUUCCCAAAGUUCCCAAGUUCAGAGGAAGAGAGGAGCGCUGUCCUUACAUAUUGAAGAAAGGGUUUGAAGGGGAAAACAUCCGACGACUGAGCCGUGAGCACGCGGGAAUAUCACAAAGCUGAAUCUGCGCCGUGCCGUGCCAAACUGAGCCUGCAGGGGGCGAUGUCUGACAACAGCAACAGCGCAGGCAGCAGCGCGUCCUCCACCAACAGCUGGACCCUCCUCUCCCCCGAGGAAGCGGCUAUUGAGAAUGUCGGGCCCGUGGACGACGGCACUGAGAGCCUGGGCGACGUCCCCAGUCUCUCCGAGGAGGUGGCAGGAGCUGCAGUGGAGUUCAAACCAAGUGACAUUCCCGUAGAAACUGUCCUGUCCGAGGAAGGCCACCAGGUGUGUCAAGAGACCUCUCCAGAGUCCAGUGAAGGUCCCACCCCUUCCACUCCAACCCGGAUGAGUCCUCUUCCACACAACGCCCUGGAUCCUCCAGACCUCGAUUUGGAGAGUCAGCCUCCCAUCAUCCAUGACAUUGACACCAGCUCGCCCAGUGACAACGAUCACCUUGGAGCCGUUCCCUUUGUCACCAACAUUGAUUUGGGGGCUCCGCUUGAUAUUCCUGGUGCUGAACUCCCCCCAUCUGAGUUUGAGGAGUCCUGCUCUGCGCCUCCCAUGACAGAGAUCCCCGUCAAUACAAUCCCAGUAUUUGACACACCAGUUGAUGUAGAGCAGAUUGUCCUGAGCCCUGCCGGGGAGAUUCCUGUCUUCACUGUUGAACCCGAGGUUAACAUCCCAGCAGAGACAGUCACAUCCCCUGAUCGUCCUUCUCAUGUCGACGCUGAUAUCAGCUUUGCUCAAGAAACUACAGAGGUGCCAAGCCCAGACCCAGAUAGCCUGGUGACAGAAGAGCCCACAGAUGAAAGUCAUGCACCAGAGACUGUUGCUACAGUAGAGACAGAGGAGGAAGAGGAAGCAGCAGUGGAAAAAGAGGAAACAGAGUCAUGGGAAGCAGGGAACCAGUAUGAGCAAGAGGAAGAGGAAGCUGCAGCAGAAGAAGAAGAAGAAGAAGAUGAGCCGUCGACUGGUUUCGAUCUGGGCGACGCCAGCGGCUUCGACGAAGGACUGAGGAGGAGGAACGUUCCCCCUUUUGAGGUGCGGAAACCGAGAACAUCGGAUGAGGACGAUGAGGAUGAGGAAGUGGAGUUCAAGCUGGCUGAGAAAGAGGAAAAGCCAUGGUUCUCCAUGAACAAAUGCAUUGUUGGAGCUCUGAUUCUGCUCUUUUUAGGUUCCCUCUUCCUCUCAGGUUUCCUCUCUGACCUGGAUUAUGGUGACUUUGACGCCUCUGAGCUGAAUGAUGGAGAACAAAGCCAGGACUGGCUUAGCGGUGAUCCACAGGAUAUGAAAGAGUUAUUGGAUAAACUGACACAGGAAAACCAACACAUUGCUCAGCUACAGGCUCAGCUACAGUCUCAGAGAGAAGAACUUGACUCAGCGCUAAAAGCAGUAGCUGAGAGCGGGGAUGAGAGAGGUAAAGCAGAUCUGGAAAAAGAAAAUGCAAAGUUGAAGGAGGAGCUGUCAUCUCUGCCUGAGCUGAAGAAAGAGCUGGAGAGUCUGAGGGCUCGGGUGAUGGAACUCAACCAGCUUACAGUUGAUCAAAAAAGGCCUCCGGCCUCUCCUGGCUCAGCCGCUCAGCCUGGUGUCAAAGAUGGUCAGAUUGACCAGAAAGCAGCUGGACCCCAGGGGAGAAAGGAAACGAUAGAGGGAGGCAGGCUGAAGGAGGAACUCCAGAGACAGAGCGUUCUUUUGGAGGAGAGCCGGAAGAGACUGCAGGGGAUGAAAAAAGAUGGAGGCAGCAGGAAGCACGUCAGGGAGAGUCUGGAGGAGAUCCAGAAGAAGCUUUCGGAACAAGUUGAGCGGUGGGGGAAGAAGAAGCCACAGGAUCUCAAUAGGAAAGGAAACAAAGGCAAAAACAACGAGCGGGACCACUGGAAGAAAGAAGAGAAGAAGGAGUGGAAAGGAGAGAAAGAGCGGAAGCACAACAAGGAGGGCGGAUGGAAGGACAAGGAGGAGAAGAAGGAGAAGGAGUGGAAGGUUCAGAAGCAGAACUCUCACAAAGAGGCCUGGAGGAAACACCAGGACGAGUGGGAGAGGAAGAAGGACGAACGCAGAGUGGACAGAGAGGAGAGGAGGAAGGAGAAACCAUGGCACAGUCAGUCUAGUAAAAAAUCUCACCACCACAACCACAACCCUCAGCAUCAUCAUCAGCAGCCCCGCCAGACUCAUCAGCACAACCACAACAACUUCUGGAGCGACCAGGAGCAGAAGCUCCGGCGAAACUUCCAGCCCCAGCUGGGCUGCAGCUCUGUGGACGAGUGCGCCAGCAAGGAGGGGCUCUACGCCGUGGAGCUGUCCGAGUUCGAGGAACUGCUGGAGGGCUACCUGAGCAAGCUCGAGGGAUCGUCCCCUGAGAGCAAGGACAAGAUCCGAAAGCUGACCGCGGAGUUUUUCGAGGGCGGCAUGUUCGUCCACGACCGGGUCCAGUUCAGCGACUUUGCCGAGGACGUGGCGGACGUUCUGGAGGACAUGGUGGACAUUGUGGAGGGCACGGGGCAGAAGGACAAUGACUCCCUGGAGGAGGAGAUGGAGGAGUUUGAACGAGAAGCCCUCUGGAAGUUUGCCGCCACAGCUUGAACGGAGACGCGCGUGUGGAGAGGAGUCAAACGCGACACGAAGAUACAGCACAAGUGGUUUUAUAGGACUUUUCUCGCCUUCCCUCUCCUGCUCAGAGCUGUCGUCUUCGUAUUCUCUGGUAUAGAGUUGGUCGUGCCUUUCAUAAAUGUGACCCCUCUGAGUCUUUAAUCAUAAGCUAGACUUGUACGUGUCAUUUUGAACUUAGUUGUUGUUAGCUACCUCUCCCGCAGUAGGUCUUGCUUUCCUAACGCAAAGUUCGUCAGUAAUGUGCCGUGUGGAUUUUCCUCUGCUACAGUGUUUCCUCAGUACCUAGUUGCAUGUUGCAGGUCAUGAUGUAAAUUCCAACUGAUAAUAAUCACUCACAGAAAAUAGGGGAUUUAAAGGAGAUGGCAUUUGCAAAUAAUUCUGCCGAGCACCAGUGAAAUUGGGUCAGAUCUAUUCGCACAGAACACACAGUUUCAGAUGAGUUGUCAAUUUGUUAAAUUGGCCGUGAAAAACUUAUCUGUCAUUUCACUUUCUCCCUUAUGUGGUAAUUCAACCCGCCUCUAAACUCCCAAACAGGUCCAAAAAAAGGGCUCAAGGAUCUUUUGCAUAUGCUGUCUGCUUCACGCUGGGCGUAGCUGCUCGAUCCCAGAGGAUGAGAUCCCCGUUCCCUCGGUGCCGAGAGAAGAAGUCGGACCAGUUUGGCGGCAGCAGCUCCUGCGUUUGGGCAAACACACACACAUGGUGUGCUGUUUCGGAGCCCCGAGUGUUUGGCCUCGAGGUUUGAAAGACUUUUUUUUUUUUUUAUUCAUGCUGCUCCAACUCCCAACUGCCAACUUGACAGCAGAUGUGUGGAACGACCGGGAACCAGUUUGUGAAACUGCCAGAAAGAAGAAAAAGAAAAGAAAAGAGGGAAAAAAGCAAUAUGACAAACUGAUAUAUAUAUAUAUAUAUAUAUAUAUGUACAGCCAUAGUUGAACUGCUAAACCACUUUAGCACCUUUCUCAAACAUUCACAUUUGUUCUUUUUCUCUCACUAUUUUCUUUUUAUUUACUCGCUUUUGUUUUCCUCGACAAUUUUGUUGUAAUGUAUCCAUGAGGACGGGCGUCACAUGAUCUACACACACUGAGUUUAGUCACUUUAGUCACUUUAGUGGAUUUGUUCAUUCGUCUAAAGGAGAUUAGAAACCAAGUCAGUAUUCUUUCUUUUUUUGUGUGUGUUCAUUUUCUUCUCUUUUUUUGUUAGCAAGUUGAUGCAAAUUGACUUUUAGUCGCUUUUUGGUUCUGAACAAAAGAAACAUAAGGAACCUUCUACAUUUCAUUUUGUUUUCUGAGUUAGGUAAAACAAGAAUGGUACAAAAAAAAUGUCUAUAAAGUACUGCAGCAUUACGCUUAGUAGAAAUACUUUGAGUUUUUUUAUCUUAGUGAAUAUCAUGACAGUGACGGUAGAAUCGACAGAUUGUGAUUGUUAUUUCUCACUAUUCAGUGAUUGAAAGAAGCUUUGAAGUGUUAUUUGUUUUUAUUUAUUCUGUCAAUUACAGUGCAACUCUUUUCUUUAUUUGACAGCAGAACCGAACUUUGUUCGCAGCCCGGUAAACUUUAUAAAUGUGAGAGUGGUGACGUUUUCCGUUAUUUAGGUGUUCAGAAAUAUAGUUCGUCAGCUUUACUGCGCAUGUGCCUUUAUCGUUGCAAAAUGUGUUAGAUUGAACGAGAUGUCUUUUGAUUUAAUUUGCUUCUGCAAGGAAAAAAAGAAAACAAGUUUACACUUGAAAAAUGUGGGGCAGAGAAUGGACGUCAAAGGGUUUACACAAUGAAGUGUUUUUGUUAAGCCUCUUCUUCUCUGAUGUUUCUACAGGGGAAUCUUUUUUUUUCUUCUUUUUUUUUAAGCUUAUAGACCAAAGGGAUCAAAAGAAAGUUGAACCUUUAAUGAAACACAUUAAUGAAAGUUUAAUUAAUAUUUGAGACUAUAUAUUUGUCUUUGACGGACAACAGCACGGCUGUGUAUUCACUCAUGAUGAUGACGAUGUGGCCGAGAUGUGCGUGUCAUUGAUUCCUGGACAAAUGUAUUGAUGAAUUUUGGAUCAUUUCUAGUCCCCCCCCAUCAUCAUCAGUUAUGUCCUCUCUUAGGAAGUCAGCGAUAAGUUUAAUAAAAAAAUGUUCACCA